CUCCCCUAAACCCCACCCUGUGUGUUAAAUUUUCUUACCACUUCUGUUGCUAACUCAUUUUACUCUUCUUUCCAUUUUCUUUCUCACUGUCUGCACACUUUCUCAAUCCACCAUUUUCAAUUCCUUCACAGAUCUGACCCGUUUAACCAGAUCGGAGCCCCGAGAAAAGCCUUCUCCAGAUGGAGGCGGCGCUGGAGUUGGCGCGUGCAAAGGACACGAAGUCUCGAAUGGCGGGAGUAGAACAUCUCCACACACUUCUAGAAGCUUCGCGAAAAACCCUAUCGUCUUCCGAAGUCACCUCGCUCGUCGACGUCUGCUUAGAUCUCUUAAAAAACAACAAUUUUAGGGUUUCUCAAGGCGCACUUAUGUCGCUUGCGUCUGCUGCUGUUCUCUCCGGUGAAUACUUCAAGCUUCACUUCAAUGCGCUCUUGCCAGCUGUUGUCGAACGAUUGGGCGAUGCAAAACAGCCCGUUAGAGAUGCCGCGAGGCGGUUAUUGCUUACCUUAAUGGAGGUUUCUUCACCAACAAUUAUAGUUGAGAGAGCUGGGUCUUGUGCUUGGAUGCACAAAAGCUUUAAAGUUCGAGAAGAAUUUGCUCGUACUCUUACAUCGGCAAUUGGUCUUUUUGCAUCGACCGAGCUGCCCCUUCAACGGGCUAUUCUUCCUCCUAUUUUGCAAAUGUUGAAUGAUCCUAAUCAUGGAGUAAGGGAAGCAGCCAUAUCAUGUAUUGAGGAGAUGUAUUCAGAGAUUGGACCCCAGUUCCGCGAUGAGCUUCAGCGCCAUCAUCUUCCUUCCAUGUUGCUAAAAGAUAUUAAUGCCAGACUUGAGAAGAUUGAGCCUAAAAGUCGAUCUACUGAUGGAAUCUCAAGUAAUUAUUCAGCUGGUGAGGUGAGAUCUGCUAGCCUUAAUUCCAAGAAAAGCAGUCCUAAGGCAAAGCGUUCAACAAGAGAGGUGUCUCUCUUUGGAGGGGAUAGUGAUAUUACAGAAAAGCCUGUCGAUCCAAUUAAAGUGUAUUCAGAAAAGGAACUGAUAAGGGAAUUCGAGAAUAUUGCCUCUACCCUUGUACCAGAGAAAGAUUGGUCUAUCCGUAUUGCCGCUAUGCAGAGAGUUGAAGCGCUUGUUAUUGGAGGUGCAGCUGAUUAUCCUUGUUUUCGUGGACUUCUAAAGCAACUUGUUGGCCCUUUGAGCACACAGUUAUCUGAUAGGAGAUCCAGCAUAAUAAAACAGGCAUGUCACUUACUGAACUUCUUAUCAAAAGAGCUGUUGGGAGAUUUUGAGGCAUGUGCUGAGAUGUUCAUUCCGGUUCUUUUCAAGCUUGUUGUGAUAACUGUUCUUGUAAUUGCAGAAUCUGCUGAUAACUGCAUAAAGACGAUGUUGCGCAACUGCAAAGUUGGUCGAGCACUUCCUCGUAUAGCUGAUUCUGCAAAGAAUGACAGAAAUGCAGUACUUCGUGCAAGAUGCUGUGAGUAUGCACUUCUGAUCCUUGAACAUUGGCCUGAUGCAUCUGAGGUACAACGUUCAGCUGAGCUUUAUGAAGACCUUAUAAAAUGUUGUGUCGCUGAUGCAAUGAGUGAGGUACGAUCAACUGCAAGAACUUUGUACAGAAUGUUUGCAAGAACUUGGCCAGAACGUUCUAGGCGUUUGUUUAUGUCCUUUGAUCCUGCUAUCCAAAGGAUCAUAAAUGAGGAAGAUGGUGGUAUUCAUAAACGACAUGCUUCUCCCUCUGUUCGAGAAAGGAGUUCACAGUUCUCACUUGCUUCUCAAACAUCUGCUUCUUCACAUCUACCUGGUUAUGGAACGUCUGCAAUAGUUGCCAUGGAUAGAAGUGCUAAUUUGUCUUCAGGGACGUCCUUGUCCUCUGGGCUGCUUUUGCCACAAGCAAAGCCUGUGGGAGUGGAACGUAGCCUGGAAAGUGUACUUCAUGCUAGUAAACAGAAAGUUUCUGCUAUAGAAAACCUGCUCAAAGGGCUAGAUGUAUCUGAGAAAAGUCGCUCCUCUAGUUUGGAUCUAGGAGUUGACCCGCCCUCAUCCCGUGAUCCACCGUUCCCUCUUGCUGUUCCUGCAUCAACUAGUCUUACUAAUGCUUUACUGGUUGAUGCACCAUCUGCUAUGACUAAAGGAAAUAAUCGCAGUGGUGGGUUGGUUUUGUCUGAUAUCAUCACUCAGAUCCAGGCCUCAAAGGAUUCAGCUAAAGCAUCAUAUCGAAGUAGUACGGAUCAUGAGUCUUUUUCUGCACUCAACUCCUACACUGCAAGAAGAGCUUCUGAGAAACCACAGGAUAGAGGACUUGUUGAAGAGAAUGCUGAGCUGAGAGACAUUAGGCGGUUUAUGAACUCUCGUGCUGACAGACAAUACUUAGAGACACCGUACAGAGAUACUAACUUUAGGGACUCCCAUAAUAAUCAUGUUCCCAAUUUUCAACGUCCUCUCUUAAAAAAGAAUGCAGCAGGAAGAAUGUCAGCUAGCAGGAGGAGGAGCUUUGAUGACAGUCAGCUUCCACUAGGAGAUGUAUCUAGUUAUGUGGAUGGUCCAGCUUCACUAAAUGAUGCAUUAAGUGAGGGUCUCAGUUCUACUUCAGAUUGGAAAGCCAGGGUUGCUGCAUUCAGCUAUCUCCGGUCUUUGCUACAGCAGGGCCCUAGAGGUAUUCAAGAAACAACUCAGAGUUUUGAGAAGGUUAUGAAAUUGUUUUUCCAGCAUCUUGAUGAUCCCCAUCAUAAGGUCGCACAGGCAGCACUUUCAACCCUUGCAGAUCUUAUUCCUGCUUGCAGAAAGCCAUUUGAAAGUUAUGUAGAGAGGAUCUUGCCACAUGUUUUCUCACGGUUAAUUGAUCCCAAGGAAUUGGUGAGGCAGCCCUGCUCAACUACCCUUGAAAUAGUUAGCAAGACAUAUGGGAUAGAUACCCUUUUGCCAGCUUUGCUCCGUUCAUUAGAUGAACAGCGGUCCCCAAAGGCUAAACUCGCAGUAAUUGAGUUUGCAAUUGGCUCAUUUAACAAGCAUCCUUCAAAUUCUGAAGGUGCUGCUAACAUUGGCAUCCUCAAGUUAUGGCUUGCUAAGUUGACACCAUUGAUCCAUGAUAAGAAUACCAAACUGAAAGAAGCAGCUAUUUCGUGCAUUAUAUCAAUGUACACACACUUCGACUCGACAGCAGUUCUCAAUUUCAUUCUUAGCUUAUCGGUUGAAGAACAAAAUUCCUUAAGACGGGCUCUUAAAAAGUGCACGCCUCGUAUAGAAGUGGAUUUGAUGAAUUUCCUGCAGAGCAAGAAAGAUAGACAACGUUCCAAGUCUUCUUAUGAUCCAUCUGAUGUUGUUGGAACAUCAUCUGAAGAGGGAUAUAUUGGCACUUCAACGAAGAGUAAUCUAUUUGGAAGGUAUUCUGGGGGUGCAGUUGAUUCUGAUAGCAUCAGAAAGUGGAAUUCUCUUCAAGACCCAACCUAUAUGACUAGAUCUACUGGUCAGUUGUCUGAUGGUACUCAGGACUUCUAUUGUGGUGUGGAAACUGGUUCCAACACUGAUCCUACUGUUUCAAAAGCCAAGGAUUUGAAAUUUGGGGCCCUUUCCACAAGUGAGAAUAACGCAUUAUGGACAUUGGAAAGCAAGGAUAACAGCUCAAACAUAGAACAGACCUCCAUUCCUCAUCUGGACGGCAAUGAGCUAGUUGAUAAUGGAUCUUCAUCUAAUCUGGGGCCUAAUCACCUAAAACUCUCUGCUCUCAAGAUAAAUUCAACUCUAGAAACUGGACCAAGCAUCCCUCAUAUUCUUCACUUGAUUUGCAAUGGUAAUGAUGGAAGUCCUUCUGCUAACAAGCGUGAUGCACUUGAACAAUUGGUCGAAGCUUCUGUUGCUAAUGAUCAAUCCAUCUGGAGCAAGUACUUCAAUCAGAUAUUAACUGCUGUGCUUGAGGUGUUAGAUGAUUCUGAGUCAUUGACAAGGGAACUUGCCCUAUCUCUGAUUCUUGAAAUGCUGAAGAAUCAGAAAAAUGCUAUGGAGGACUCAGUUGAGAUCAUAAUUGAAAAGCUGCUCCACGUGACCAAGGAUGAUGUUGCAAAAGUUGCGAAUGAAGCCGAGAAUUGUUUAACUACAAUUUUGUCCCAGUACGACCCGUUCAGAUGCUUAAGUGUUAUUGUUCCUUUGCUUGUCACCGAAGACGAGAAGACUCUUGUAACUUGUAUAAAUUCGUUGACAAAGCUUGUUGGGAGGCUCUCCCAGGAGGAAUUGAUGUCUCAGCUACCUUCAUUCUUGCCUUCCCUGUUUGAUGCUUUUGGAAACCAGAGUGCUGAUGUCCGCAAGACUGUUGUUUUCUGUUUGGUUGACAUAUACAUCAUGCUGGGCAAAGCAUUUAUGCCAUACUUGGAAGGGCUGAACAGCACGCAGUUACGAUUGGUGACCAUUUAUGCAAAUCGAAUAUCACAGGCCAGAACUGGUACUCCUGUAGAGGCAAGCCAAAGUUAGCUGGUGUAGCUUUUUGGGGAUUUAUUGUAGGUUGAUGUGUGUAGUUGAAUUUUGUGAUUCAAUAUUUGAUGUCUCUUGUAUAUCUGUGUGAAUGUGUGUAAUUUUUUGGUGGGUGAGGUUGUAUUCUUUUUAUAUUUUUCCUUUUCUUCUUUUUUUCUUUUCACUUAAUUGGCUGGGGAGUUGAAGGAGAGUGGUUUGGGAACAAAUGUGAUAUUGUACAAUGGUGAACUUUGUGCUCAUGGUGAAAUGAACAGUUUUUGGAAGAUUGUUUAUACAUUGGAGUAAAUCAUUGUAACCUGAAAC